CGCAUUGCUAGCUACAGACAGCCCUGUUGGUGAAAUCGAAUUCACGGACUGUUUGAUGCAGUAGUAAGGGUGUAUUGUUCUCGUGGACUGUGUGACAAGUUUAUGUCCUACAGAAAUGGCUGGGAUUAAAGGUGAGGAAGUUGCUGUCUUACUUUUACAUAAUACAUUAAUUGGAUUACAACAAAAUUUGUCAAUCACCCAUUGCGAGCUAUGUACUAUUGACGCUGUGCGCUGCUAGCUAAACACUGAUUGUCUGAGUGCCAGCCAUAUAGCCGGCUAAGCUAACGCCAUUAGCUAGCUAUCCUCCUUUGCUAUCUAACUAAUUUCAUGUUGGCUUAUUAUCUGCUAGCUAUGUAACGUUAGCUAAAUAACUAGCUAAAUAUCUAACGUCAAUUAGCAAGGACGUUAAAUAGGCAUUGUAGCUAGCUAACAUUAGCUAAUAAUAACAUUCUUAAUGUUUUAGUUAGUAACGCGUUAGCUAUAUAUCAAAGGGAGAUGAAGCAGUUAACGUUAGCUAGCUAGAUUGGCACCUGGCUAACGUUAGUUGUGGUACUGGUGGCCAAUUUAACUAUCUCAUGAUGCCAUUACGAAUCGAUGAAAUACACGCUAGAAACUAUCCUUGUCCUGCCAAACCUUAUGUUGCAUUGUUAUGGCUAGGCAAUUAUGACAAGCAAAAUUAGCCUACGUUAGACCUCGUUAACAAGUGCAUUGCCUCAAUUCUCCUUUAUCUAGUUCACCAUCUAGCUAGCUAGCUAUAGCUACUAGCUAGCUAAGUCAUCAUGACAUGCAGAAGUUUAAAACUCAAUGUUCUAACUAAUAACUAGUUCGUUAAAUGAAUACGCUUUAAUAAUAGCAGCUAGCUACUUUCUAAUAACCAACUAUGAUAGCUGAAAAUACUCUGCAUCCCCUCACCCAAUACAUGAGCCCAGCCCCUGAAUGUGAGAUCAUCUGAUUUAUCACAUGAUUAUUUCCUCCUUGGAGCUAUAUCAUUAGGGCCAUGGUCAGAUGAUCAAUUAUGACCUAAGGAAUUACACACACAGUUGCUUAGUUUAUUUCCCUCUCCUUUCUAGCUCUGAUCAGCCUGUCCUUUGGUGGGGCUAUUGGCCUCAUGUUCCUGAUGCUAGGAUGUGCUCUUCCAGUGUAUGAGUAUGUAUCUCCAUCAUAUUCAAGUUUCAUGUUUGAAUGUCACAUGCACAAGUACAGUGAAAUGCCUUUUUUGCUAGCUUUAAGUAUUUAACCUGACUGUCAUGAUACAGGCCUUUAUAAUAUGAUGCUGCACAAAUCAAUUCUUUUUCCAGUCAUAACUGAUGGGAACUUCUCUCUUCACAGUAAAUACUGGCCCUUGUUCCUCCUCUUCUUCUACAUCCUUGCCCCAAUCCCUUACUGCAUCUCCCGGAGAAUUGUUGAAGACACAGACUCGGCCAGCAACGCCUGCAAGGAGCUGGCUUUAUUUCUCACAACGGGCAUAGUGGUUUCAGCCUUUGGCCUGCCCAUCAUUUUUGCCAGAGCUGACGUUGUAAGUAUACAUCUUGGAGAUUUUACACGGGUAGGCUAAGUGGUGUUUGGCCACACUUUGCUCUCACCUGUGCAGUAACAACAUUGCAUUAGUUUGUUGUUACAUGCAAUCGCUUUCUAAUUGCAUACAUUUUGUUGUUACACAAAUGGAAUAAGGACCAUUCCUUAUAGGAUGUUUUUUAUUGUUGUCAUUUAGCAGACUUACAGGAGCAAUUAGGGUUAAGUGCCUUGCUCAAGGGCACAUCAACGGAUUUUUCACCUAGUCGGCUCAGGGAUUAGAACCAGUGACCUUUCGGUUACUGGCACAACGCUCUUAACCACUAAGCUACCUGCCGGGGUAUAUCUUAUAGGCUACCAUUUGUGUAAUAACAAGAAAUGCUCAACUCCGUUACUAAACAACACUUAGAAAAGGGCUUUGUUUUGCUCAGUCCAAACCACAGAUUGAGCAUCUGUGGUUUGGACAGAAUUUUGUAACAUGUGCUGACUGAAUUAUUUCUGUUUGUUGUUUACAGAUUGCCUGGGGAGCAUGUGCGCUUGUGUUAACAGGCAAUGUAGUCAUCUUCACAACCAUUCUGGGAUUCUUUUUGGUCUUCGGAACAAACGACGACUUUAGUUGGCAGCAGUGGUAAAAUUGGUGGGUGGGGGGGGGCUAAGUCAGAAUUGUUUAUUACUAGCAUUGUUAUUAUUAUUGUUAUGAUUACAAUUAUUGUUUGUUGUUAUUUAUAUGACUGCCCGUCCAUAGACACACAAAACCAGUGCAAUAAUCUGUUUUAACUGUCAUGCGGAAUGUCAGACUGACUUCAGGUGGAUGUGCUGACUUUCAUUUUGACUUUUAUUUUUUGCUCCAUGUUUGUGAGUCUUCUCCCUUCAUGUACUGUACAGGCUUAUUUUUUGAGUGUCGUGAUAAUGUUGAGAUCAUAAAUGCACAUCUUAUCUGUGCAAAUGCAAAAAUGUCCAACUGAAUGUCCACCUGGACUCAGAUUGACCUAUGGGAGGGGUCUUUGGCUAUCUGUUGCUAUCGGUUUGGGAUUUUUAAAAAUUGUCUGAAGGUUGGAAGCUUUUUCCUGUGACAAAGAUAUCUUACUGACAAAAGAUAUGUAACUUUGGGAGUGAGGGUGUGCAAUAGCGUGCUGGUCAGUUUCGAGAGGAUAGUCUCCCCCUCCAAGUGCUGAUAUGAAGCUAAAGAACUGGAUAUUUUGCAUGGAGUAAAUGUUGUUUUUGAAGAGCACAUUUGUCUCUCAGCUUGAAGCCAUUCAAUAUGAAGGUAGAUACAGCAUAUAUUGAUAUAAUGCAUUAUCCAAUGCACUGUCCCCCAUUGUAGUGAUCAAAUUCUAAUGGCUCAGCUAUUCACAGACGUUCAUUUGAUACAGGCCUCUUGUGUUUGGUGGUUUAGCGUAGCAUAUUCUGCCCCUUUUGAAAAUAGUCUAGAAGUCAUUGUAACCUUGUGUCAUCUUCUCUCUUUAGAAUAGAGUCAUCAAAAACCUUGGUCAGACAGCCCAGGAUUAAGGCUAGCCGGUGUGAAAUGUGGCCAACUUAAGAUCUAGGCUACUUAUAACCUGGGUCACUAAUACCACUAGUCCUAGAUUUACCAGGUAUCCAAGAGACCAAUUGGUUUCUAUACCAGGAAACCAACCAAAGGCUGCACUGUAAUUAUGUUUCACAGAUAAAUGUGGAUGAACCCCAGUUUUUACCAAGGCAUAUCAUUUUUUGGUCUAUAUUUAGUACAGCCGCACUAAGAUGUACUCACAUCCUCUCCCUGAAAGAAAUGAAGUCGCCGUAUAGGCUUAAACUACUUUUAAUGUGGUCCUUGUGGGUGUGCUGAUACCAUACAUUUGCUCAGUGUAGUUUGUAAUUAGUUCUAGGUCUCAGAGGACAGUGUCCUGCAGCUUUGGAGUUUGCUGUUACAUUUAACUGAACUAGUUGUAGCUAAGCAAGGUAUUAAGCAUCUGUCACCCCGUGUGCACUGGCCUGUUCAGCUGGGUGGAAAGGUUGCGUGUUUAAGAUCUCUUUGUUUUUGUUUUGCGGAUGGCGCAGUUAUCUUUGAAAGGGGGUCUCUGGAAGAGACAAAAAAAGUGAAACCCAUCUCAAAAUAUUCCAGAAAUAAUCGGAAGCACUGAUGAAUCUGGUAUCUCUUUUUGUCUCACUCAGAUCGUGAGUAAGUUUGUCAACUUCUUAUUUCCAGUCUUCCAGAGACCACAACCUCCAUGAAGAUAGUGAUUGUAUUAAUUGUAUCAUAAUGAAAACCCUUUUGCACCUUUUUGAGUUUAGCUGAACUUUUUAAAUAAUCAUUGUUACCUUGAUUAACAAAGGUAAUGUUACAACAAAUUGCUUUUGGUGUUUUUGUUGUCCUUUUAUGUAAGUAAAGUUGAAACUUUCCAUACAUCAAAACAAAUGAUAAAAUAUAAAUGUACGCCUACAGCAAUGCACUGAUGGUAUAUCUACAGUUUUAGGACAUCCAGGGUAGGCUAGUCAUAGUGUUUGAAACACAAUUUAAGUAUUAUAAGCAUUGCUUAGUGAAAGUUGGAGAAAUGUCCAAAGAAUUCCAAUAUAAUUCUAUCAAACAAAUUAACUGCAGAAUCAGGUCAUUCUAGUCAUGGGAUGGGUUCGUCACUGAUCUCUUUUGUGAAAGAUAUGUUGUUUCACAGACCUGGAAGGUUAUUUUAUUUAUUAGUAUUAGAGGAUGCUUUGUGUAGAUGUCCAAUUGCCAUUUUCUAUCUACAACUGUUGUGUUCCGAGGCAGAGGUCAGCAUGGUGGUUUUCUUUUCUAAAUAAAUGCAAUUUUUGAACAUUGUAUUUUGUAUUUUUUACAUUUAGCAGACGCUCUUAUCCAGAGCGACUUACAGUUAGUGCAUACAUUAUUUAUUUAUAUUUUUUCAUACUGCCCCCCCUUGGGAAGCGAACCCACAACCCUGGCGUUGCAAACACCAUGCUCUACCAACUAAUCUACAUCCCUGCCGGCCAUUCCCUCCCCUACCCUGGACGACGCUGGGCCAAUUGUGCGCCACCCCAUGGGUCUCCCGGUCACGGCCAGCUACGACAGAGCCUGGAUUCGAACCAGGAUCUCUAGUGGCACAGCUAGCACUGCGAUUCAGUGCCUUAGACCACUGCGCCACUCGGGAGGACAUCCUCUCAUUGAAUGAAUUAUUCAUAAUUACUACAAUAUCAACACUUCCUAGUUGUAUUUAGUAUGAGACUUUUGAAGAGCCUAAUUUAUUUAUGGGUUCUUACUUGACUAUGAAACCUUCAGAUCUCACAAGAGGAUCAAACCAUUGAUUCUAUCCAGUUGCUUUGACACAUUCUGCACUGUGGUGUGUGUG